AACCACCACAAUUCAACACUAAUAUUAUUCUUCUCUCUAGUUCUUGAUUUUCUUGAUAUCGAUCAUGACAAAGGUUCAUCCAGGCGCUUCAUUAAACAACAACAGUACCCUUAUAACCAAUUCAUCGUAUUGUAGUACUGGAUCAGGAAUCCUAACAGUUUGGAAAAAAUCUCUUCUUUUUAACUCCGACGGCUUUACGGUCUUCGACGGCAAAGGCAAUUUGCUAUUUCGCGUCGACGAUUACGGCUCCGGCGACAUCGUCCUCAUGGACGCCUCCGGCAAGUCCAUCUUCACCAUUCGCCGGAAGAGAUUGAGUUUAAUUGAGAAUUGGAUGGUGUAUGAGGGAGAAAAAACAACAAAUCCAAUUCUAUCCAUGAAGAAACAAGUGAACUUUUUUAUGGGUAAGUCAACAAGGUCUUGUUUGGCUCAGGUGAGUUUGGUCGGGAAAGGAGAUGAACAGUUAGUGUUUGAGAUUGAGGGUUCAUAUGCUAAGAGAUGUUGUGUUGUGUAUGAUGAUAAGAGACGUCCGGUGGCUGAGAUUUGCCGGAAGGAGGCGGCGGUUGGUGGUGUGAAUAUGGGUUUGGAUGUCUUUAGGUUGGUUAUUGAUGUUGUGAUGAUGGAUCCUUCGGUUGCUAUGGCUCUUGUUAUUCUUCUUGAUCAGAUGUUCGAUUCUCCUAAAACCUUAACCCAUUGGCUUCGAUAGCAAACGGGUAAAGUUGUUCGUCGUGUCCCACUCAAAGUAUGUUAAGACGUUUUAAGUGAGAACUUAAUAUUUGUAACUUGAAUUUUUGUAUGUAAUUACUAGUAUUUUCAUCAACAAUUUCCCUAUUUUUGUUAUCCUAAAUGGAUGAUUAAUUCAUCAAAUUAAAUGAAUUCACAAGCUUAUAAUUUAGAAGGGUAAAGGAUUGAUUUGUAUCAUUUGUUGUUUG